AUGACGGGGUUCCUGGUCGCUGUGGUGGCCGUCAACGUGGUGCUGAUUGGUUUCGAAGCCGCCGACGAAAUGAACAACAAGCCGGAGAACCAGACCUCGCAGGAGGUAGCGGACGACUUCAUGUUUUCCUCCUGGUGGUUUGUGGAGCUUGGGUUUUUCAUCAUUUACUUGGCGGAGAUAUGCCUGCGGUUUCACGCGUACGAAUACCGCAGUCUGUUUUUUCUCCGCGGCGACUGGUUCAACAACUCCCUUGACUCGUUGCUCCUGGCACUGCAAAUCGUCGAGCUGGCUGGCGCGUCCAACAUGGGCAUCGACCUCGGGUUCAUGAAGAUGGUGCGGCUGGCGCGGUUGACCAAGCUGAAGGCGAGCGAGAGCAUCUGCAUGACCUCGGCCGUGUUGAUUGAGUCCAUCCUGGAGUCCGUGUUCCUCUUUUUCCUGCUCUUCCUCCUGAUCACCGUGAACGCCACGGUCGUCAUGGUCUACCGCGCCUCGUUCGGCAAGUUCGAGGCGGAUUCGCUGGAAUUCGGAACCACCGCGUUUUUCAGCGACUACGGGGCCGCGGUCUACACCUUCGUGCAGCUGACCCUGGUGGACAGCGUCUUUGACCGGUUUCGGGAGCUCACCGGCGAGGCGCCGGUGCUCGGAGUGCUGGCGAUUUUGCACAUUUUGCUGGGCUCGAUCAUGAUCAUGAGCCUGGUCAUCGGUCUGGUCACGGACAUCCAGUUCCGCACGCAGAAGGCCAUGCGCCUGCAGAAAAAGCUGGAGUCGGCCGUGGAGCUCGCGAAUUGGCUGAUCGUAAACGUCGGGGCAGUGGAUUCCCAUCUGAAUAGUCUCAUCCUCGCACGGGAGCGCAGAAAAGAAAAAGAUGAGGAAGAUGGCAUGGGGAAGGGUGGAAUAAAUCUACUCAACAAGAACAACAACAAACCACUUGAUGGCGCUGCACCGGGUAACAAUGAAAACGAAAAGGAUGGCGUCGAAGAAGAUGUUCAUCUUGGGGGACAGAAGCAGGCGACAAUGAAAAAGGCCGACAAUGAUCCUAGUUCUCCUACAAGUUCUACUCAAGACCAGCAGGCGAACGCCAGUGCUGAUGCACCGCCUCCCGAGGACAUCACACAUGCGGGCCCCAAAGAGAGCAAACCAACAGGAGACCACGUGGUGAAACACGUACUAACCAAGGAACAAGAUACCGGACCCGGGCGCGAGGAGACGCAGUUGCGUGCGACGCAGGGUCUGACCAUCCCGUAUUGAGAGGAAAAAUCCCCCCUCCCCAUAUCGAAAACGAAAUUUGUGAUGCUGUAUUUGAGUACACAAAUCGACUUGUAAUGCUAGAAGGCCAAGAGCCGCAGUUGUGGCCUCGUUUGCAGGCAAUUUGUCAUGCUGUUUCCCACUUCCAGUUGCUUCCUGUCAUGCUGAAGAUGCAAGGCUUCCCCACGCCACCCAGCACUACAGUCCGCAUCCUUUAUUCCCGUCUAGCAUGACAAAGCUGAUUUGUGACUGCAAAUCUGCAUCACAGAUUUCCGUUUUGAUAUGGGGAGGGGGGAUGUUUCUUCUUGAUAUCCCGGUGAGCGUGUUUUACGAUCCGGUUGUGCAACGGCAGAUGCGGGUGGUGGGGCACGUGAACGAAGAACACAUUCCCUACGUGAUUAUCUCCGCGAUCCAGGAAACCGCCCGGGCGGCGGGGGUCCCGGACGACGCCAACCUGCAUUCCGUGACGGCGAUGGCGGUCGCCGAGAGCAUCUACAUGCGCGAGCUGGACCUGGGCCGCGACGACGUUCUGACCGCUUUCCAGGAGACCAAGCGGGUGCGCAGCUUCAUCGGGUGGCAGAGCCGCCUGCAGUUUCUCGGCAUGGAGCUCCAGCGGCUGGUGCUCUAUACCCUAGGGCACAUCUUGGAGACAAGACCAGAAAUAACUACAACAAACAAGCAAGGCGGGUCGCCAGCUGCUGCGAAGAUGUCCAGCAAAAUAACUUACGACCCAACUAGUACUUCUAGUUCUGCUGGAAACUACAGAGUAAGUACAGGCACAGCUACUGGAGGGACACGACCAGCAGAUGAUGGGGUUCUAGCAUCGGGCAGUAUGAUUUUCCCGGAACGUGGUUUUGCCCCGACCUCUACAUCACCGGGGACCGAGUACCUGCUGCCGUCCAGUGGUAACAGCUACAAGGACCGACGAGACAGUACAACUAGCACAACUUCUGUGCAGCUGGAUCCUCAAAGAACGGGCGUUGCCAGCGAUCAAGCACCCUUCAGUCCUGCUGGUAGCAAAGGCACGACAAAGUUGGCAGUUCCCCGCCCGCACGGCGUGCUUCCCGAAGGGGAAGGACUCCAAGAAGGGCUAAGAACUACGAGCAGCGCCGAUCAUGCCGGCAGCGACCACGAGCUCCUGCUCGAGGAAAGUGAUACAGACGAAAUUUUGUUCGGAGCAGAAGCGCGUCAUCUUGCUGACGCCCCUGCAGCACUGCACGUGCACCUUGACGAGGCACUGCACAUUUACGAGAAUACCGUGCAGAAUCAGAAUAGGACGUGGUCGAACCAGAGAAACAAAAACCAGAACUACCAACGAAAGAAUAAUGUGCGUGCCGAGGGCGAAAUGGCGGGCGAGCUGCCGGCCAUGUCAGUGCAGCAGGGACUGCUGACGCCGGCCAUGAAGAGGCGGCUGCAGGAACGGCAGGAGCAGGGCCGGUCCUCUCUCCUGAGCCUGUUCAGUACGAACAGUCCUCCGGGCUUCCGUUCGUUCGACAGUUUGAACAGGAGCACGAUGGCUAAUAAGCACCUGGUUGGAGUAGACCACCACGCCGAGCUGCAUACCCUGUUGCUGCAGCAGAUGGCGUCUCUGGAGCGGUUGACCAAGGAACAGGACUUCUCCCAAGAUAUUCUGUGCAAAAGUAUCGUACUCGUAUUGCAAUCAUGCAUUGCUGCAAAUCCCUUUGUUAAGCUUAAGGUAAAUCCGCAUUACAAAUUUUAUUUCUCACGCUGAGGAAAUUUGUAAAUGCAUUUAUAGGACGAGUGCGAUACUUUUGCAGUUCAUACAAGACGACUACAGGCAACACAUCCUGGCGCGGUGCACCGGCGGCCGCGGGGUCGGCGGAAAUAAGAAGGGAUCGUUAGGCGCGGAGAUGAACAACAUAGAGGCUCCUGACGCACCAGCCGCCGGCUCCUCGCCGUUGGAAAAUAAAACCACGGAGGCACGGCUGCUGGAAAUCAUGGAGCUUUUGUACCUGAAGUGCGAGGCAGAGAACAUGCUCCCUUCGUGUGGGGUCAAGUACCACAGUGCCAGCGCGGCCAUCGUGGACGACUUGGUGCGGGACCGGCUGGAGCGGCAAGGGAGUACCCUCGCCUCCGUCCUGCAGAACCGCCUGCAGAACGCGCUCAGAAGCGAACUCUUGCAGCAAGGCAUGCAGAUCGACACGCAGGUCUUGCAAACCAGGAUUGGCCACACGGUUUCGUGAUAGAAGAAGUGCAGCUCUUUAUUUGUUUUGGUUUUUCAUUUUCAGAUGCACGAGCUCGAGCGCGUGCACGUGAACACGUAAGGUGUGUGGGGUAGAUUGAUCGAUGUCUAAGCCCAGACCACGUGGGUCACAGUCAAACCUUUUCUUUCUACACAUCCUUAUCCAUGAUCGUAUACGAUACUAGAUUGAUAUAUUCAUAUUGGUACCAAAAAACGGCGUUUCUUGGCACAUAAUGUAUGCAUUUGGAAGAGCUAUCGCCCGGCAACUUUUCUUUCCAGAAUGAAAAAGUAAUAUUUUCACGCGAUCACUUCGAGUAU